CUCUUCGGGCUGCUCUUCAUUUUCUUCGGGUUGCUAUCCUUGCUUCUGUGCUCUUCAUUUUCUUCUGUUUUGCUGGAAACUGCACUUCUUGGAGGCCUGCAAACACACAUGGAUGGGGAAAACCCUCACCUAAAUACGAAGAAGUUGGAGAACACAACGAGGCAGGUAAUCAGUGACACAUUACUAGCUCAUUCAAAGCAAAAUCCUAAUGGUUCAUACUCAGCUCAGUAUGGGCAUAUCAACAAACUUGCUGCACAGUUUAAUGUAUCUAGAAAAACAGUGAGCAAGAUAUGGGCAAUUGCAAAGAAACAAAUAGAGCAGGGGGUUGCCAUCGAUGUGAGGAGUCGAUUGGUAGGAAAGAAGGGCAGGAAAAGGACAGUGAUGGAUGCACAGGCUAUUGCAGACACUCCACUCAGGAAGAGGACUAAUGUAAGAUCUUUAGCUGCUGCAAUUGGCAAGCCUAAGUCAACCGUGCAUGAAUGGAUAAAUAAAGGUAUGCUGAGGAGCCAUUCUAAUGCAAUCAAACCCUUCUUAACUGAUGGCAAUAAAAUAUCAAGGUUGAGGUUCUAUUUAGAUCAAGUAGACCCUUACAGCAUGCCCAUCCACCCUCAGUUUAAAAGUUUUCACAAUGUUUUACACAUUGAUGAAAAGUGGUUUUAUAUGUCCAAAACUUCCCAAAAAUUUUACCUGCUUCCAGAUGAAAUUGACCCACACAGAACAUGUAAAUCCAAAAAGUUCAUAACUAAAGUCAUGUUUUUGUGUGUGGUUGGGAGACCACUAUUUGCUGAGAGUGGAGAAGUAUUGUGGGAUGGAAAAGUUGGCAUUUUCCAUUUCACAGAAACAGUUCAAGCUCAGAGGAAGAGUAAAAACAGAGCAAAAGGGGUGUUGGAGGUGAAGCCAAUCACUAGUGUUACCAAGCAAGUGACAAAGGAUAUGCUGAUCAAACAAGUCAUUCCAUGUAUCCAAGAAAAAUGGCCAUCACAGUUAUCUAAAGACAUACAAAUUCAGCAAGAUAAUGCAAGGCCACACAUUCAAGGACUGGACUCUGACUUUAUGGCAGCAGGUAACACAAAUGGAUUUCACAUCACUCUAAAUAAUCAACCCCCCAACUCCCUUGAUUUAAAUAUCUUGGACCUUGAGUUUUUUAGAGCCAUCCAGUCUUUAAAAGAACAGUGUGCUCCAACCAGUGUUCCAGAGUUAUUAGAGGCAGUUCAAAGAGCAUAUAAUGCCCUCAAUCCAGAAACCUUGAACAAGGUUUGGUUGACAUACCAGCAGGUGUUGACUAAGGUAAUGGAACAUGAAGGCAGUAACAACUACAGAUUACCACAUAUGGGGAAAGAUAGACUUGCCAGAGAAGGAAAUCUUCCUAAGUCUUUGAGCAUAGACCUGGACCUUAUUCAGAAGAUAGCAAGAUUGGUUGGACAACAGAAUGCAGGUAGAAAUGAAGGACUGGUUGAGUUCAACACUGAAGAGGGAGAUGACUACCUAUCUUCAGAGUUGAACUAAACACACACUUCUUUUUGGGUUUCAGUGUAUGUUCAUUAUUCUUAUACAUUCAUCACAGUAAAUGGUCACAUAAGGU